ACGACUCCCGAAAAUGGCCGACAUUUAAGAUUGAGCAAAAUGUCUCAGUAUUUUACCGUUUAGUUUUGCCUUAAAUAAGAAAGACAGUCAAAUUAAACCAUGUAUAUGACUACAUAAACAUCUUUUUAAAACUUAACAGACUUGACAUGAAGUUCUUCACGUUAGACACAGUGUUCCAGUUUUCAUGGGGCCAGGUGGUGACAGCUUUCUGGCAGCGCUAUCCCAACCCUAACAGCAAGCAUGUACUUUCGGAAGAUGUGAUUGAGCGCUGGCUUUGUGGAGACAAACUGUUUACAAAGAGGCUUAUCCAGAAAAAAGGGAGCAUCCCUAAGUGGGGGGAGAGGAUCAUCACGGGUUGCAGUCACGCCUACGUGGUGGAAGAGUCCAUGCUUGAUCUCGCCUCACACACCCUCACCACAUACACUCGAAACAUCAACCUGAAGGAAAUAUCUACAAUUGAUGAGAAGUGUGUUUACACGCCAACUGGUGAAGAUGGAGGUCAGCACACCAUGUGUCAGCGAUUUGGCUGGGUUGCUUCUAAAGUGCGGUUUUCUGGCGGCAUGAUUGAAAAAUUUGCCUUCCAUAAGUUCAAGAAGUCCACAGUAAAGUCAGCACUGGGUUUUCAGUUUGUUCUUAACAGACUAUUCACUCCCGACUUUGAGACCGAACACAAAAGUCGCACUGAGAAGUUGAAAGAUUCAGCGAAGAAAGCCAAAGAGUUGGCCAAAAGUAGCGCUGAGAAGGCAAAGUUAAAGGUUCUUCACAAGUCGUCUUGUGAUGGUCAUACGGACAGCAAGUCUUGAGAAGGGAUAACUUUCUCACUCAUUGCAGACAUCGCGAAAUAUCAGCUAGAAAACAUUUUUCAGCACUUUUCCUGGAUUGUCUGUAGUAAAUCUUGGCAAAAAAAUACAGUCCCACUCAUAUAUUACCAGCCUUGGCUUGGUGAGUCAGAUUGGUUCGUGAACGUGUGUCUGUACUUCAAACUCUUAUCUUUGUGGUGCAUUCAUUUAUAUAGUGCUUGUCUUCAUUUGGGACUAAAGUUUUGAAGUUUAUUUUUUCAUUGAAGUGAGAUUCAAUCGAUUUUUUGUCACUAUGUGAUUAUAAAUACUGAACAUCUAUAAAUGAUGACUUUUGCUGUGUUUUAAACUUUGCAUAUGUUAGCAGUAGCUGUGGUAAGGAUGUUUUGAUGAAUUUUGUCCAAACCAACAAGCAUUCAGUUAAACUGAACGAAUGGGAAUGGAAGACGCAAUUUGUCAGAAUUUUUUUAGCAAAGAUCGAUAGGUAUGGAAUAUAAUGGAAGCUGCUCAAUAUCCUACAAAGAUUGAUGAUCAAAUAUAUCAUUCAGAUGACCUGAACAUUCCAGUAUAACUGUAUAAUUAUAUGCAUGUGAGCAUCAUUUUAAAUGUUGGUAUAAAUAGUUCAUUAUUAACCAAUUUUACCAUGUAAAAUCACAACUUUUAAUACUGUUUACCCGUAUGUACACUUAAUCAAGUGAUCAAGUGAUUUGUUUUAAAAGUGUUCAUUAACACCUCUCAUAGCUAUGUAAUGAAAUUAGCUUAGCAGCUGUUGUUUUCCAUAUGCAUUAGAGUUGCAUCAGAUGUAUUACUUUUUGCAGACAAUGUCAUUGAUUCAUCGCACAAAAUAAUGAUAAUGUUGAUAAACUAUAAGAGAUAACUGGUUGCUGCAGCUUGCAUCAUUAUAUCACAUUUAUUUAUAUGUUUUUAUACAUUUUAGAUUGUAUUUUUCAUAUUUCAUAAUUGAAAUGAAAUUUCUAUAAGUUCAAUAAUUGAUAGUAUCUAGUCAGUUGAACAUACAUUGAUCAACAUGGUGUUUGCUAUCUUUUUUCAUGAUUGAAUUUUCUCCCUCCUCCUAUACACUGUAGUUGCCAUGCUGCAAGUGUUAUGAAAGUCUGAACAUAUUUGAUUUCUGUAAUGUAUUUUAGCUAGUUGUUGUAAAUAUUACAGUGUUCAUGUGUGAAACUAAUUAUGAAAUAUAUCAAUGUCCGUAAAACAAGGGUAUGGUCAAGGUCUUCAUUACAUGCUUUUUAAUUUCAUCAUUAUUUCAAGAGUAGUUAUCCUUAUUUAUUAUGGCAGCUUCAGUUGGGGUCAUUUGUCACUUUAUGCGGCAUGUUAUGUUAUAUAUUUCUUUCAGUUUUCUUAUUCUUAAAAUGAUAAAAGUGAUUUCAGACAUGAACAGGGAACAAACAUUUAAAACAUUAUAUAGUUAUAGAAGAUACUGCUCUGUUAGUUAUAUUUUUAUAUACAUGGUGUACUCCAUUUGUUGAAAACUGAUGUAUUUUUUUAUCAUUUUUACUAUUUAUAGAAAUCCAAGAUUACCUUAUGAACAAGUGUUUUGGUCUACGGAAAUUGAUAGAUGAAUACUGAAUAACUUCCGAUAAUUUGCUAUUAUUGUUUCCUAAUCUUCAUUCUUGUGUUUUCAAAGAAUUUUGUAUAAGUAUUGUCAUAUCCUUGGUUAAGUUGUCUUCUUCGGUGUGCAAAAUCUUUAACCUUGGCUUUAAUUUUGGAACUGUGUGAGAUCCAUGGUGUGUAUGAUGCAAGAGGCAAUACAAACUUGUACAUCAAGGCCCAUAACUCUGGUAUAAAUAAUUUAAACGGACCAAUGUUCGAGUACGCUCAUUUGGGUUAUUGUUAACAAUCUGACUAAGCAGCUAACAAUUAUGUAUCUUUUCAUCGGAAAUAAAUGUUUAAAUGUCAA